GUUACAUUAUUUAGUAUUAAUCUUUCUUCAUCGUCGGUGAGUUUGCCCAAACGAUCCCUCGCUUACCUCGAUCAUAAGCUUUUCAACAUCAUCUUCUAUCAAUACUCUCAACUACUGCUUCAUCAUGGCCACGUCAACCUGGUCCGAAUUUCACAUCGCUAUUAUCAGCAAUGAUAGUACUUUGUUCCCCUCCUUCCCGAGCAAACAGCUGUCCGAAGGCGAUGCCGACAAGAUUUUGCUGGCCGACAUUCGUAAGCAUGCGGCAGUAUCCCAAAAGCUGAAAUUUACGGCGGACGGCAAGACCACUCUCCAGGAAGGCACUGCUUUGUCGUAUUACAUGUCUUUGAGAGGUGACAAAGCGGAUGGUCUGAACAAGGAAAAUGAGAAGGAGAAGGCAUCCGGUGACACGGGAACCAAACCAGCUGCCGGCAAAAAGGAGACCGAUAACGAUGGGGAGAAGAUCGACGCAUCUAACAUUGAUGCGCAGCAAAAGCCCGUCAUAAAGACGGUUCAGGUUGACUUGAUCCUUAACAGUGCUGGUGGCAGUGGAGGUGAUGGAAAACCCACAAAAUCAUCAGUCGAUCCAGCCAAGAUCCAGGAAGGUAUCGACAAGAUGAUUGAGAACAUGAAGUCGGACGGCGCAGUCAAACUGGGCGACCUGACAAAGCUGUCAGAUAGUCUAGGGGCCCUCAAGACCGAUUCAAUGAAUUUUGCUGCUGCCGCUGGAACUGUCACCUAUCCCGAGCCACUUGAUCUGACAGAGUUGCAGUGGGAUGCAGUUUUUAGGAACAACCGCGCUCUGCAUGGUUGGGUCUACAAAGGCGACAUGUUGGUCAAGGCCAGGAAGAGAGCAUUUCAGCUUGCACCAAGCCUUGAUGCUGAGCUCAGUCGUCCCCAGCCUUCAGCGGAGACCAAGACCAACAGUGGCGACGGGGUUAAGGACACACCAACCCAGAAGCCAGGUGAAAAGGGGGCACCUACUCCGGCUAUUGGCCCUCUUCCUCCUGUCCCACCUUUCUAUGUAUGGGAUGAUGCCUCUGUCGAGGUUACCGAAAUGACCAGCGCGCUGGAGAAGACAAUGGCAAACCAGGGCUUCAGCUCUACGGCAGUCAAAGCUGCUGGAGGCGGCGGAGGAAUGGGAGCCGAGGCCAGUGCUUCGUUCGCUGUUGAGAAAGAACACUCAACUGCGAACAAGGAACUGAAAACCGAACAGGUCAACUCUGUCCAUGUGGCAUACAAGUUUCCCAGGGCUGCAGUCGAAGUGGACGCUUACUGCUUGCAACUGACGGAAGAGUGCAAACGAGAAGCAUUGGCAUGUCGUAAUAGGGCCGACGUUGACAGGUGGCAGCGGGAAUAUGGCAGUGUCUUUGCGACCCAGUUUACCCUUGGUGGGGAACUUACCAGUUCACGCCUCUUCCACGGCAGCGACGCCGCAGAGCUGUCGGCUUUCAAGGACAGCGUCAAGGUUGCUGCAGGAUUGAGCAUCUCGACCCCUUACGGCUCUGGUGGCGCCAGUUACGGCUCUUUCAACUCGAACGAGACAACCCAGGGAGAUAAAAAGGCGCAGCAAAGCAUGCGACUGGCCUGGCAGGCUCGAGGAGGAGAUACUCUACUCUGUUCCAAUCCCCCACUUUGGACGAGUACCGUGAAGGAUUACCGCCUGUGGCGCAUCAUGGAUCAACAGGGGGUAGUCAGGAUGACUGAUCUAGUCAAGAGUAUACACCUCAAGGCUGGCAAGUUUCUGGAGAACCCGGAGACAGCCUCCAAGGCAGAGAUAAAUACCGAUGGGGAUACUAAGCAGGUGUGGAGCCUACUGACCACUGCCUUGAAAGAUCCUCAAAGGAACCCUGUAGCGGAUAAGAUCAAGGAGUUUUACGAGAGCAAGAGCUUCAGCCUGGAUGAGUUCAACGCGUUGCUACAGCAAGAUGAAGCAGAAUUGAAGCUAAGUCAAAAGAUCAACUGGCCGCAGUUGGAUCUAGAGCAAAAGCUUUAUGUUGGUCUGUUGUGCUAUAACAAGAAGUUGAUUUCGCUGGAUUAGAGCUGGUAUUUGUCCCUACUUGGAUCAAGGGUGAGAAAAAAGGUAAUCAGUCUGUUAUUUUAUUUACAAUUGAAGUAAUUUGACCGGUCUCAUGUAAUAAGUUCGCAUGUUAUCUUUGAGUGAAGCUUGUAGCUUAUUUAAUCCGCUUGCUCAGUCCUUUUCACUGCACUUGGGUUAACCAGCUGAGCCAAAAGUCACGAAUACCGCUGGUAUUAC